AUGAGUUACCAGGAUCCUGUGGAAUCAGAAAUCAGCACCCUGACCAGCUUCGUUUUGGAGAAAGGGGAGAAAGACAAAAGCACAGGUGAAAUAAGUCAACUGCUCAUCUGCCUCUGCACCGCAGUCAAAGGCAUCUCUUACACCCUGCGUAAAGCCGGAAUGAUCCCACUCUACCACCCUAUAAGUGAAGGGACCAGAGAAAUCAAGGAACUGGAUGUCUACUCCAACAACCUGAUUAUUAACACGCUGAAGUCAUCUUUUGCCACAUGUGUCCUUGUGUCAGAUGAAAACAGACAUGCCAUAAUAAUAGAACCGGAAAAAAGAGGGAAAUUUGUGGUCUGCUUUGAUCCUCUGGAUGGGGCUGCUAACAUUCACUGCCUUGCGCCCAUCGGCAGUAUUUUCGGCAUCUAUAGAAGGACUUCAACUGGUGAGCCUUCUCAGGAUGAUGCUCUGCAGCCUGGCCGAAAUACUGUGGUCGCUGGCUAUGCCCUAUAUGGCAGUGCCACAAUGAUGGUGGUUGCUAUGGACUGUGGGGUCAACUGCUUUUUACUGGAUUCAGAUAUUGGGGAAUUCAUUUUAGUCCAUAAGAAUGUCCAGAUCCGAAACAAAGGGAACAUCUACAGUAUCAAUGAAGGCUAUACCAGGGACUUUGAGCCUGCUGUCUUAGAGUACCUCCAAGAGAAGAAAUGCCCUCAGGACAAUACAGCUCCCUAUAAUGCAAGGUACAUCGGCUCCAUGGUUGCAGAUGUGCACAGGACCUUGGUGUAUGGAGGAAUUUUUAUGUAUCCAGCCAAUGAAAUGUGCCCCCAAGGAAAGUUGAGGCUCCUUUAUGAAUGCAACCCU